CAGUCAGUCAGUCAGUCAGUCAUUACGGGGACAGUAUGGAGUUCAGGUCUCUCUCUGUGAUACUCUUGCUGACUGUCCUCAUCCACAGUGGACAAACAGCGAGACCAAAAGCUACAGUGACAAUACAGCCAGCUGAUCCUGUGUUCACCGGAGAGACAGUCACUCUCACGUGUGAUAUAGGAAGUGGAGAUGACUGGUAUUAUGAGUGGUUUAAGGAUAGUAAAUCUCUCGGUGAAGCUCAACAGAGGAAGGAAUACACCAUUUCUAAAGUUGCUGCGUCUCAUGGAGGAGUUUAUACCUGUAAAGGAAGACAGUCAACAGAGCCGCGUUACUCAGAGACCAGUAAUGCUGUUACACUGACUGUAUCAGAGAGACCAAAACCUGCGGUGUCCAUACAGCCUGAUGAUCAGGUGUUCAGAGGAGAGGCUGUCACUCUCAGAUGUGACAUACAGGGAGGAGGAGUCUCUAACUGGCAGUACAGCUGGUUUAAAGCUGGUUCAUCCACUGCUGUCAGUUAUAAACAGCAGUACAGUAUCAGCUCUGUUACAGCGUCUGACGGAGGAACAUACACCUGUAGAGGAGCAGUGAGAGGAACAUCACGCUACUCACACACCAGUGAAGCCGUUACACUGACUGUAUCAGAGAGACCAAAACCUGCGGUGUCCAUACAGCCUGAUGAUCAGGUGUUCAGUGGAGAGACUGUCACUCUCACAUGUGACAUACAGGGAGGAGGAGUCUCUAACUGGCAGUACAGCUGGUUUAAAGAUGGUUCAUCCACUGCUGUCAGUUAUAAACAGCAGUACAGUAUCAGCUCUGUUACAGCGUCUGACGGAGGAACAUACACCUGUAGAGGAACAGAGAGAGGAACAUCACGCUACUCACACACCAGUGAUGCUGUUACACUGACUGUAUCAGGAAAACCCACACCGACUGUGAGGGUGGAUCCUCAGAGCUCUGUCUACACUGGAGACACAGUUACUCUGACCUGUGAGGUGGAGUCUACUGGAUGGGAGUUUCUCUGGUACAAAGACUCUCAGCCAAUACAGCCUCAGAGUCCUGUAGAUAAAGAGACCAACACAGUCAGAGUAACAGUGUCUGACAAAGGAAGAACAGAGUUUAAAUGUGCAGCACGCAGGAAAAACUACUUCGACUACAGUUACCAGCGCUAUGACGGCUACUACUACGACAACAGUAAGAAACGCUAUGUCUACUACAACGUCUACAAAACACAUCGCAGUGCUCCAGUCGUGAUCACAGUUACAGCGAGACCAAAAGCUACAGUGACAAUACACCCAGCUGAUCCUGUGUUCACCGGAGAGACAGUCACUCUCACGUGUGAUAUAGGAAGUGGACAUCAUUGGCAGUAUUACUGGUUUAAGGAUAGUAAACCUCUCAGUGAAGCUCAACAGAGGAAUGAAUACACCAUUUCUAACGUUGCUGCGUCUCAUAGAGGAGUUUAUACCUGUAAAGGAAGACAGUCAACACAGCCGCGUUACUCAGAGACCAGUGAUGCUGUUACACUGACUGUAUCAGAAAAACCUAAACCUGAACUCACAUCAAGCCAUAAAGGAGCUGCACUGAUAGGAAAUCCAGUGGUUCUGUACUGUAAGCUGGAUCAGUCUGCUGGAUGGAGGUUUUACUGGUCCAAACACACACAGAGCCCUGAGAAUGAGACCAAGACUGAAACACACUCCUACACCAUCAGCUCAGUCAGCGUCUCUGAUGGAGGACAGUACUGGUGCAGAGCUGGGAGAGGAACCCCAGUCUACUACACUCACUACAGUGAUGCUCUCUGGAUAAACGUCACCGAUGGUGCUGUGAUUCUGGACAGUCCUGUUCAUCCUGUGACUGAGGGAGAUCCUCUGACUCUGCGCUGUUUAUAUCGUGACCCAAAGCCCUCAAACCUCACAGCUGAGUUCUAUAAGAAUGGAUCACUCCUCCAGACUCAGACUACAGGAGAGAUGACCAUCCGUACUGUCUCAAAGUCAGAUGAAGGUCUCUACCACUGUAAACACCCAGAGAAAGGAGAGUCUCCACAGAGCUGGAUCUCAGUCAGAGGAGCUUCGUUCUCCGUCUUCAGUCUGCUCAGUAGUUUAAUGGCAGUGUCUCCGUAUCUGCUGGUGACCAUUGUGCUGGGGGUCAAAUGCUACAGAGCUCAAGCUAGACCUGAUGAGGAGAACAAGCAGUGACAGAAGCUGGAGCAUGAUGAUGAGUGUCAUGAGUUUUACAUUAGAAUUAUUCAACUGUGUGUUUUAAACCUCUUUCUCUCUUAUUCACAGUAAAUCAGGUUCAUGCUUAAUGAAUAUUUUUGCACAUCUUCAUUUGUUUGUCACUAUUAAUAUUUUUAUUUUUCAAUUCUGUCUUUAUAAACAGUUGAUACUGGCUUGCUUAAGCACAGAAUAUUUUAUUGUUAUAGUGUAAUAAACAUUGUACUUUCAUCAUAAAUAUGCAAGAGUAGUGUUGAUGUAGUUUAAUUUAUCUCCUUUUAAAAUAUAAUCACAUUGGAACAGUUUGCAUGUUUUAUCUAAGCUAAGAGUUUAUUCAUUUAUUAAGAUGUAUUUUUCUUUUAUAAUUGUUUUUGUAGUUGUUGUGGUAUUUUAUCAUCUGUA